AUGCAACAAUUCCAAUUACUACAACAAGUAGUUACUACUGUGGCUUAUAAUAUUCCAAAUGAAUGUAUUUGGAAGAAUCUUUGGGUAUUUUGGAUUUUUAUUUUUUAUUCUUUGUUUAUGGCUAUUUUGCUCUUCAUCUUUUUAAUUACUUGUUGUUUUGUGGCCGUUAAAGAUACUGAAGAAAUUGGUGUACAAGACAAAAAGCUUAACAAACAAGUAAAUAUUGAGUGUCACAUAGACCUUUUGAAUGUAGGGGAAAAGGGGAAUUUUGUAGAUUUUUCUCAAAAAACACGUUGA